UCAAAGAUGGACGACAAACAAAUCACAACUUGCUGCACAAAAUUAUUUGAUUGAAAAUAUCUAUGAAAUGGCCUAAUAUUACUAUCAUGACAUUGACAGGCAAAUCUUCUGGUCGUUCUAAUAUAAUGGAGUGGAAGACGUCGUUGAAAAAAUAUGUGGAUAGGAAGAAAAAGCCGGUGGCAGAAGAGGAGCAGAAGGCAGAGGAAAUGCAGCAGUUCACAGAACUGUACCAUGACUGGAAGGGGGUGGACCACAGUCACCACACCCUCAAACUGCCAAGGCUCUAUGAUAAGUUGCCUUCUGAAGAAGAACCAUUGUUGUUGAAGUUGCGAGAAGAAUCUCGAGCAGUGUUCCUUCAGAGACGAAGUAGAGAAUUGUUAGACAAUGAUGAAUUACAGCGCCUCUGGUUCCUGCUUGACCAGUACCACACACCUCCCCUGGUCGGAGAUGACCAGAUGAUCAACUUUGAGGACUUUCAGAAAGUCGCUACUGAGGCAGGACAAAAAUGCCAGCAAUUUUUCAAAUCCAGUGUGUUCACGAAGUUGUUACAAACAGAUCCUUAUGGUAGAAUCUCCAUCAUGCAAUUUUUCAACUAUGUGAUGCGGAAAGUCUGGCUUCACCAGACCCGUAUUGGUCUGUCAUUGUAUGACGUUGCUGGCCAGGGCUACCUCAAAGAAUCUGAUUUGGAGAACUACAUUUUGGAACUUAUACCUACUUUACCCCAGUUGAAUGGUCUGGAGAAGUCGUUUUACUCGUUCUAUGUGUGUACAGCAGUGCGCAAGUUUUUCUUCUUCCUUGAUCCAAUGAGGAAAGGCAAGAUAAAGAUACAGGACAUCCUUGCCUGUAGCUUCCUAGAUGACCUGCUUGAGUUGCGUGAUGAGGACCUGUCGAAGGAGAUGCAGGAGUCUAACUGGUUCUCUGCUCCAUCAGCUCUCAGAGUGUACGGCCAGUACCUUAACCUAGACAAGGACCACAAUGGCAUGCUUUCCAAGGAGGAACUGGCAAGAUAUGGGACUGGCACUUUAACAGAUGUGUUUUUAGACAGAGUGUUCCAGGAGUGUCUAACAUACGAGGGAGAAAUGGACUACAAGACAUACUUGGACUUUGUCUUGGCCCUGGAGAACAGGAAGGAACCAGAAGCCCUGCGUUACUUGUUCAGGAUCCUCGACGUGCAACAGAGAGGCCACCUCAAUGUAUUCUCACUGAACUAUUUCUUCAGGGGGGUCAUGAAAAAAUAUGCGGCUGAAAUCCCAGCAAUCCAGGAGCAGAUGCGAACACAUGGUCAGGAGCCUGUCUCCUUCCAGGAUGUAAAGGAUGAGAUAUUUGACAUGGUGAAACCAGUAGAUCCUCUACGACUAUCUCUAGAUGAUCUAGUCACAUGUGGGAAGGGGGACACAGUUGUCAGUAUUUUGAUAGACCUGAAUGACUUCUGGACUUAUGAAAACCGUGAAUAUCUAGUCCCUGAGACCACAGAGGAGGACAUUUAGCUGACCUAUGGCUGUUUUCCUCUGUACAUAACUGACCAGUGGCCAACACUGACCUCUCUGUGAUACUUUUUGUCUCAAAUAUCCACUAUAUGGACAUACAACCAGAUUUUUCCAAAGUUCAUAUUCACUAGUGUCUUGAUUGACGUCGGAAGAGAACAAGGCGAUCAACAAUCGUAUUGAGAUCAUUGUUGCAUACAUCAGGGAUUUGAAGUCAUCCUCUGGACUCUUGGAUAGUACUGUGUAAGGCUCUGGUCCGAAGCAAAUCUUCAACCCAUGUGAGUCUGAGAUCCAGACUUAAAUCUGCGAAUUUGAAUUUUAUUGUAAAUUUGCUAUUAGCACAGCAAAUGAUAAUUUUUGCUGCAUAUGUUACAAUAAUAAUAACUUCAUUAGAUAAAUAUUUCGUAACAUUUUUAAUUUGCUAUUCUGAGUCGCAAACUUAGUCUCAAGACGUUAGUGGCAAUGACUCAGUGUCAUAGUUUAGUUUACAUCAGAGAUUUAUACGAAAUAGGCAUUGAAAACACUUAUUCAUAGACUUGCAAUAUUUUUCUGACAGAUUACCUCUGUUGAAUCAUAUGAGAGAUUCAUUUCAUGAUUUUAUAUAUAUAUUUAGUUUUGGCAUAUAUACUCCCAAGAAGUUGCUAGACCGGGCCCCAAUAUCACAAAAAUGCUUGAGUCAUUUCUCAAUGUCAAGUGAUUUAAAGUCUUACAUGUUUUUUCCUCCUGUGAGCCACUGACAUAGAAUAUGUUGAUUGUAAAUUUGGUCAGUAUUCAGAAGAAAAACUAUUACUGGUAUGCAGGAAAAAUGUAAUACAGUACAAUUUAAGAACUCAUUUCAAGUACAUUUUUUCCUUCUCUUUUUAAAACAUUGUGACAAGUUUUUUUUUCAACACAUUCAAUGAGCACCUAAAUACACUUUUAAAAGGAGUAAGAACGUGUUGAGAUGGCAGUAUUUUUGUGAUAUUUGGGCCAGGGUCCAUAUUUACGAACAGUCUCAAGUCGCACUUGACGGCAAAUCUUCAUCUCAUUGUAACGCCUUCUAGCAAAGCAUUCAUGAUGAACUUGACGAAAAUCUCAAAGUGUACCAUUCUUUACAUAUAUUUUUUAAAGGAAUGGAAUAAAAUGAUUUUCGGAGUCAGUGUCUCCGACUUUAGACUGUUCAUAAACAGAGGCCCAGAGUUCUGUUUUAGAUCACUAUUAGGGUUAAUAGACUUAGAUCUCAUAUUAACAUUUGAAAUCCUAUGGUAUCUAGUUGUCUCUCAAGUUAUUUUUGUAUAAGUUGAAUUGUUCAAGAUAGUUGAGGCAAUAUCAUCGGGUUCUGAUCAACUCAACAUCAUACAUUGUGAAAUGGCAGCCUAUCAUUUUGGUAUCUUAGUUUUUAUUCUAGGUACUAGUCAGUGUAGGCCAAAGAAAUCUGUUUGAUAUGUUUAUCCUAUACAAUGUAUAGUGUAGUCUAUUAUAAUGUUUAAAGUGUAUAAAUGAGUCAAAUUGAGAGCAUUUUACCAUGGUUAUGGUUCUUUUAAUUGAAAACUGCUCUCAGUUUAUUCUUGCUUAAUUGAGAAAGUCCUUUUAGUAAUGAUUUUUUUAAGGAUGUCAAUUUCAUGUUUAUUUUUAUUUGUUAGAAUAGAAAUUAAAUCAACAUAAGGAAUCCUAAUGAUUGUUUGUGAGGAAUUCAUGUUUGGACAUAGCUGUAUCAAGAUAAACGUGGAUGACACAUCCGUCCAGUGUUAUGUUUGGACAUAGCUGUAUCAAGAUAAGCGUGGAUGAUCCAUCCGUCCAGUGUUAUGUUUGGACAUAGCUGUAUCAAGAUAAGCGUGGAUGACACAUCUGUCCAGUGUUAUGUUUGGACAUAGCUGUAUCAAGAUAAGCGUGGAUGACACAUCCGUCCAGUGUUAUGUUUGGACAUAGCUGUAUCAAGAUAAGCGUGGAUGACACAUCCGUCCAGUGUUAUGUUUGGACAUAGCUGUAUCAAGAUAAGCGUGGAUGACACAUCCGUCCAGUGUUAUGUUUGGACAUAGCUGUAUCAAGAUAAGCGUGGAUGACACAUCUGUCCAGUGUUAUGUUUGGACAUAGCUGUAUCAAGAUAAGCGUGGAUGACACAUCCGUCCAGUGUUAUGUUUGGACAUAGCUGUAUCAAGAUAAGCGUGGAUGACACAUCCAUCCAGUGUUAUGUUUGGACAUAGCUGUAUCAAGAUAAGCGUGGAUGACACAUCCUUCCAGUGUUAUGUUUGGACAUAGCUGUAUUAAGAUAAGCGUGGAUGACACAUCUGUCCAGUGUUAUGUUUGGACAUAGCUGUAUCAAGAUAAACGUGGAUGACACAUCUGUCCAGUGUUAUGUUUGGACAUAGCUGUAUCAAGAUGAACGUGGAUGACACAUCUGUCCAGUGUUAUGUUUGGACAUAGCUGUAUCAAGAUAAGCGUGGAUGACACAUCUGUCCAGUGUUAUGUUUGGACAUAGCUGUAUCAAGAUAAACAUGGAUGACACAGCUGUCUAGUGUUAUGUUUGGACAUAGCUGUAUCAAGAUAAACAUGGAUGACCCAUCCGUCCAGUGUUAUGCCCAUCUCCAUGAAUAUCCAUUUUGCAUUUAUUUUUGUGUGCCCAUUUAAUUGUGGUUCAUUGUUUAUGUGACCUAUUGAACACAUUUAGUACUGGUAUUAUUAUUGAUUACUAUGUAAAGUACAGUAGAACAUUUAGUAAAAAAUCUAGUUAAAACAUAUUUUUAACAGAUAAGAUAAGGGAACAAUGUUGUCCACAUUAAAUAUUAUCAUCAGAAAUUCAGAAUACAACCCGUUCUAUCAACACAUUGGAACAGUUUAUAUUCCCUGUGCUAAACCAAUACAUUAGUGUGAGUUUUGAAUGUCUGAUUUAGAGACACAUGUUGCUGUAUAUGUCCUUUUAUGUGGAAAGGAGCUUGUUUGGUUUGUACAUGUAUAUUUCGGACCAGCCUGUUCCACUAACACUGCCUUUUAUGUUGUUUUUCUGAUGAACAGUCUUGGUCAUUUGUAUUGUGUCCCCAACUCACAGCAUUUAUUUUGUGAAUAAAGUAAUUUUAACAAUUGUA